AUGCAUGCAACAGCAUUUUUUUACUUGCUCAAGCCAGUUGUCAUAACAUUAUUAGAAAACGAUACGAACGCGAACGCGACGACGAAGUUGUCCUUAUCGAAGUUGCCAUUUCAGGUCGAGUACGGCGAGAAAUUAGACCGACACUUCUAUUCGAUAACAAUUCACUGUUAUUUAGGAGUAUUCGCUCAUGUAUUUAGUACACUCGCGGUCGACACGUUAUACUAUACUUUGAUCCAGCAUGCCUGUGGAAUGUUCUCCAUUGUAGGACAUAUGCUUGAAAAUAUUGGCAAAAAUAACGACGCUAAUUUUCGUCUGAAGCUAGACAGGACGAAAGACGACAAUUACAGCAAAGCGUUGGAAUGUUUACGCAGGCACCUCAACGUAAUCGAAUUCGCAGAACUGAUCGAGUCCUUGUUUACAAAUAUAUUCCUGGUCAGCGUUACUUUGAACAUGGUUAGCGGCAGUAUAUGCGGCAUACAAGUAAUAAUGAAUUUAGGCAAUGCGAGGGACGUCGCAGCACCUCUGGCUAUCUAUGUUGCACAACUCACUCAUCUUUUCCUACAAUUUUGGCAAGCUCAGUUCAUGUUGGACUACAGUACAAUUCUGUACGAGUCUAUGUAA